UUGUUGACAAAACAUAACCGUCGCUCCAGUCCGACGUUAGCGGCCGGCGGAUUUCUUAUCAGUGCCAGUCGUGCCAGUGAUUCAAAAUGAGCAAGCCAACCAAAGCUAACUGCAGGAAAUUCUUCCUACGGAACGUUGAGAUCCCUGUGGCCAACAGCAAAGCACAAGUUCUGAAAGCUUCGCAAACGGCAAACACCAACACCUCUGAGCGUACAACCACUAGGCCAAAAAAUCCCGUUAAUAGUGCACCGGUGGUAAAAAGCACAGCUGCUUCAGCUGCCAGCAAGUACAAGGAAGCGGAACUGCACAGCGCUCUCAAUGUCCGCAAAGAAAUUGAAAAGGUCAAAUCCCUGCACGCGAAGGCUCCAACUAGCAUCGGAGAGCUCACACCGAAGAGCAAGAAAUUUGUCCGCGAUCAGGUCACCAAGAAGCUAAACUUCCAGCACGACGAGAACGUCUUCAAAGGACUGGUUCCGGUGAAUGUGAACGAUUCGGUGCUAAUUCCUACCACCAAAAAACCUCUGAGGAGUUCGUACGUUGUCAGGGAGAAACGGGAUCCGGAACCGGAGCUGGGUGACUUUUUGCGGCCCAUUGCCAAGUGUAACGUCCCGCUGGAGCCAUACUUGGCACCGCAGAUGGCACCGAGGCGGCCGAAUUUCAACAACUUUGACCACAUACUGGAGGUGUUCGCCAAAGUCGAUGUGGGAGCGUAAGGGUAUUUAGAAAACAGUUGAUUAAGUCUGAAUUUCAUGUUACAUUUAGGUUAAGUCGCAUUGCUAUUUCUUGUACACAUAAAACUGAUUUGAUUUGUAUUUAGUAACUGUCAGAAAUCUGAUCCGAAAAUUAAAAUUUCUUAUAUAACAUUUAUCUA